UUGUACCACUGGGUUUGGGGUGUCGGGGCAGAGGUGGAGCGAACCAUCGGGCAUCCGGGAGCCAUGUUGGAGCGGCGGGAGGCGGCAGCAGCGUCGGGGAUGCUGUGGUGGGGGCUGCAAAAGCCGGGGCCACACGCCAAAGAGGCUCUGGCCGGGGAGUAGAUGGUGCCCAGAGGGCGGCGGCUGCGGGGAGCGACAGGCCGAGGGGCGGGCGGCCGGGGCGGCGGCAGGGGCCCGGGAGGGGGCCCGAGCAGCGGGGCCGGCCCAAGGCUCGAACCCGGGCGGGGGGCGGUGGAGGCCGUACAGGGAGGCGGGGGGUGAUGGCGAGGCGGCUGCCGUGGCGUAGUCUCGGGGGACUAUCGACCCCCAUACUCCUGGUCCUUCUCUUCCUCUCUUUGUUCCCCCUCAGCCGGGAGGAGCUGGGAGGCGGUGGGCACCAGGGCUGGGACCCGGGGUUAGCUGCUUCUACGGGACCAGGGGCGCAGAUCGGCGGCAGAGCCUUAGCUCUUUGUCCGGAGCCGCCCGGGGUCCGGAAGGAAGGGAGCCCUGGCUUGGAAGUCAGGGAGCCUGUCUUUGUGGGGCUCCGAGGGAGAAGGCAAAGCGCCCGGAGUGGUCAAGGGCCUCCUGAGCAACUGAACGCGGAGCUGAGGACUAAACAUGGGGUCCAGGCAUUGGACAGCCGCGGGCAAGAGACAGGACAGGUACCAGGGUCUCUGUUAUACUGGCGCCCAGAGGUCCCCUCUUGCGGGCGGACUGGACCUUUGCGAAGAGGUAGUCUGUCGCCAGAGGCUCUUUCCCCAGGGUUCCCUAGCCCAGGGAACAGCUCGCCCCUCCCUUUGGACCUCCUAUCUCGGGCCCGUGGUCCCAAGCCGGUGUCCUCCCAGUGGAACGCUGGGACAGGCGCCUACAAAAGAGGGGGAGCUGCCCGCUGCUGCGGGGAAUUGUGGGCACCAGGGCGCAGGGCUCAGGGCGAGAGAGCCACGAUAUCCCGAGCGGAGGGGACAGCCCCUUGGCGGGACUGUUUUCCCGGGGCUGCGGGAUCUGUUCCCCGGUUGGAUUCAGCACCGUGCACGGCGAGGACAGCUCCUACAUCGGCUUCAGCACCCCGCGAGUCUCGGACAGCUCCCGAUUCGGCGCCCGAGCGCAUGCGCUCCCGCGGUCUCUUCCGCCGCCGCUUCCUUCCGCAGCGCCGGGGGCCGCGCCCCCCGGGGAUCUGGGCCAGUCCUCAAGCGUGGAGAAUACCCUCAGGCAACCGAGCACGCUUCCGUCGCGCUGCAAACCGCCACCCGCAGUUUCCGCAGUACAACUACCAGACGCUGGUGCCCGAGAACGAGGCGGCAGGCACUGCUGUGCUACGCGUGGUUGCGCAAGACCCUGACGCUGGCGAGGCCGGCCGCCUAGUCUACUCGCUGGCGGCGCUCAUGAACAGCCGCUCGCUGGAGCUGUUCAGCAUCGACCCUCAAAGCGGCCUAAUCCGCACGGCGGCCGCUCUGGAUCGCGAGAGCAUGGAGCGUCACUACCUCCGUGUGACCGCGCAGGACCACGGCUCGCCGCGCCUCUCGGCUACCACCAUGGUGGCAGUGACAGUAGCCGAUCGCAAUGACCACUCGCCAGUUUUUGAGCAGGCGCAGUACCGGGAAACGCUUCGUGAGAAUGUAGAGGAGGGCUACCCCAUUCUGCAGUUGCGCGCCACGGAUGGCGACGCGCCCCCCAACGCCAACCUGCGCUACCGCUUCGUGGGUCCGCCUGCUGCGCGCACCGCCGCCGCUGCUGCCUUCGAGAUUGAUCCACGCUCGGGCCUCAUCAGCACCAGCGGCCGCGUGGACCGUGAGCACAUGGAAAGCUAUGAGCUGGUCGUGGAAGCCAGCGACCAGGGCCAGGAGCCCGGGCCGCGCUCUGCCACUGUGCGUGUACACAUAACCGUGCUGGACGAGAAUGACAACGCUCCCCAGUUCAGCGAGAAGCGCUACGUGGCGCAAGUACGCGAGGAUGUGCGCCCCCACACGGUGGUGCUACGCGUCACGGCCACCGACAGGGACAAGGAUGCCAACGGAUUGGUGCACUACAACAUCAUCAGCGGAAAUAGCCGAGGCCACUUUGCCAUUGACAGCCUCACGGGCGAGAUACAGGUGGUGGCACCUCUGGACUUUGAGGCAGAGAGAGAGUAUGCCUUGCGCAUCCGCGCGCAGGAUGCCGGCCGGCCACCGCUGUCCAACAACACGGGCUUGGCCAGCAUCCAGGUGGUGGACAUCAAUGACCACACUCCUAUCUUUGUCAGCACGCCCUUUCAGGUCUCUGUCCUGGAAAAUGCACCCCUGGGCCACUCAGUCAUCCACAUUCAGGCGGUGGAUGCUGACCAUGGGGAGAACGCCAGACUGGAGUACUCCCUAACUGGUGUGGCACCUGAUACUCCUUUUGUGAUAAACAGCGCCACCGGCUGGAUCUCUGUGAGUGGUCCCCUGGACCGUGAGUCUGUGGAGCAUUACUUCUUUGGUGUGGAGGCCAGAGACCAUGGCUCACCCCCACUCUCUGCCUCAGCCAGCGUCACAGUGACUGUGCUGGAUGUCAAUGAUAAUCGGCCUGAGUUCACGAUGAAGGAAUACCACCUACGGCUGAAUGAAGAUGCAGCUGUGGGCACCAGUGUGGUCAGUGUGACCGCUGUAGACCGUGAUGCCAACAGUGCCAUCAGUUACCAGAUCACAGGUGGCAACACCCGUAAUCGCUUUGCCAUCAGCACCCAGGGAGGUGUGGGUCUUGUGACACUAGCUCUGCCAUUGGACUACAAGCAGGAACGCUACUUCAAGCUGGUACUAACUGCAUCUGACCGUGCCCUUCAUGAUCACUGCUAUGUGCACAUCAACAUCACAGAUGCCAACACUCACCGGCCUGUCUUUCAAAGUGCCCACUAUUCAGUGAGCAUGAAUGAGGAUCGGCCAGUAGGUAGCACCGUAGUGGUCAUCAGCGCCUCUGAUGAUGAUGUGGGUGAGAAUGCUCGUAUCACCUAUCUCCUAGAGGACAACCUGCCUCAGUUCCGCAUUGAUGCAGACUCAGGGGCCAUUACGUUGCAGGCUGCAUUGGACUAUGAGGAUCAGGUAACCUACACACUGGCUAUUACAGCUCGGGACAAUGGCAUUCCACAGAAGGCAGACACCACUUAUGUGGAGGUGAUGGUCAAUGAUGUGAAUGACAAUGCUCCACAAUUUGUGGCCUCCCACUAUACAGGGUUGGUCUCUGAGGAUGCCCCACCUUUCACCAGUGUCCUGCAGAUCUCAGCCACUGACCGGGAUGCUCAUGCCAAUGGCCGGGUCCAGUACACUUUCCAGAAUGGGGAAGAUGGGGAUGGAGAUUUUACCAUUGAGCCCACCUCUGGCAUUGUCCGAACAGUGAGGCGGCUGGACCGGGAGGCAGUGCCAGUGUAUGAAUUGACUGCCUAUGCAGUGGACCGAGGCGUGCCCCCACUGCGGACUCCAGUCAGUAUCCAGGUUACGGUGCAGGAUGUGAAUGACAAUGCACCCGUCUUCCCAGCUGAGGAAUUUGAGGUGCGGGUGAAGGAGAACAGCAUUGUGGGCUCAGUGGUGGCUCAGAUUACCGCAGUGGACCCUGAUGAAGGCCCCAAUGCCCAUAUAAUGUACCAGAUUGUGGAGGGGAACAUCCCUGAGCUGUUCCAAAUGGACAUCUUCUCUGGAGAACUGACAGCACUCAUUGACCUGGAUUAUGAGGCUCGCCAGGAAUAUGUGAUUGUGGUGCAGGCCACGUCUGCUCCUCUAGUCAGCCGGGCCACUGUGCAUGUCAGCCUGGUUGACCAGAAUGACAAUAGUCCUGUGCUCAAUAAUUUCCAGAUCCUCUUCAACAACUAUGUAUCCAAUCACUCAGACACCUUUCCCUCGGGCAUCAUUGGGCGCAUCCCAGCUUAUGACCCUGAUGUCUCUGACCACCUCUUCUACUCCUUUGAGCGUGGCAAUGAGCUGCAGCUGCUGGUGGUUAACCAGACCAGUGGGGAGCUGAGACUCAGCCGAAAGCUAGACAACAACCGCCCACUGGUGGCCUCCAUGUUGGUGACUGUCACAGACGGCCUGCACAGUGUGACAGCACAGUGUGUGCUGCGUGUGGUCAUCAUCACGGAGGAGUUGCUGGCCAACAGCCUGACUGUGCGCCUCGAGAACAUGUGGCAAGAACGCUUCCUGUCACCGCUGCUGGGCCACUUCCUUGAAGGAGUGGCCGCGGUGCUCGCCACGCCAGCCGAGGAUGUCUUCAUCUUCAACAUCCAGAACGACACGGACGUGGGGGGCACCGUGCUCAACGUGAGUUUCUCCGCGCUGGCUCCGCGUGGGGCCGCGGCGGGCGCUGCGGGGCCCUGGUUCAGCUCCGAGGAGCUGCAGGAGCAGUUGUACGUGCGCCGCGCCGCGCUUGCGGCCCGCUCGCUGCUCGACGUCCUGCCCUUCGAUGACAACGUGUGCCUGCGCGAGCCCUGUGAGAACUAUAUGAAAUGCGUGUCCGUGCUCCGCUUUGACUCGUCCGCGCCCUUCCUGGCCUCUGCCUCCACGCUCUUCCGACCCAUCCAGCCCAUCGCCGGCCUGCGCUGCCGCUGUCCGCCCGGUUUCACGGGCGACUUCUGCGAGACGGAGCUAGACCUCUGCUACUCGAACCCAUGCCGCAACGGCGGAGCCUGCGCGCGGCGCGAGGGCGGCUACACCUGCGUCUGCCGCCCACCGUUCACCGGAGAAGACUGCGAGCUGGACACCGAGGCCGGUCGCUGCGUGCCGGGCGUCUGCCGCAACGGGGGCACCUGCACCGAUGCGCCCAACGGCGGCUUUCGCUGCCAGUGCCCGGCAGGCGGCGCCUUCGAGGGCCCGCGCUGCGAGGUGGCAGCACGCUCCUUCCCGCCCAGUUCCUUCGUCAUGUUCCGUGGCCUGCGGCAGCGCUUCCACCUCACGCUGUCCCUCUCGUUCGCGACGGUGCAGCCGAGCGGGCUACUCUUCUACAACGGGCGCCUGAACGAGAAGCAUGACUUCCUGGCCCUGGAGCUAGUGGCUGGCCAAGUUCGGCUCACAUAUUCCACGGGUGAGUCCAACACAGUGGUCAGCCCCACAGUUCCAGGGGGCCUAAGUGACGGGCAGUGGCAUACAGUGCAUAUGAGAUACUACAACAAGCCCCGGACAGAUGCCCUAGGGGGUACUCAGGGUCCCUCUAAGGACAAGGUGGCUGUGCUGAGUGUGGAUGAUUGUGAUGUGGCCAUAGCUCUGCAGUUUGGUGCUGAAAUCGGCAACUACUCAUGUGCGGCUGCUGGUGUGCAAACAAGCUCCAAGAAGUCCCUGGACCUGACGGGCCCUCUGCUCCUGGGGGGUGUCCCCAACCUCCCCGAGAACUUCCCCGUGUCCCACAAGGACUUCAUCGGCUGUAUGCGGGACCUGCACAUUGAUGGCCGCCAAGUGGACAUGGCGGCCUUUGUCGCGAACAAUGGCACCAUGGCAGGCUGCCAGGCCAAGCUGCACUUUUGUGACUCAGGCCCCUGCAAGAACAGUGGCUUCUGCUCAGAGCACUGGGGUGGCUUCAGCUGUGACUGCCCUGUGGGCUUUGGUGGCAAAGACUGUCGGCUCACCAUGGCCCAUCCCCACCAUUUUCGUGGCAACGGCACACUGAGCUGGAACUUUGGAAAUGACAUGGUUGUGUCUGUGCCAUGGUACCUGGGGCUGGCAUUUCGGACACGGGCAACACAGGGGGUCCUGAUGCAAGUGCAGGCUGGGCCACACAGCACGCUUCUCUGCCAGCUAGAUCGGGGGUUGCUGUCUGUGACGGUGACCAAAGGCUUGGGCCGUGCUGCCCACCUUCUCCUGGACCAGGUGACUGUCAGUGAUGGCCGAUGGCAUGAUCUGCGGCUGGAGUUGCAAGAGGAACCAGGUGGCCAGCGUGGCCACUAUGUCCUCAUGGUCUCACUGGACUUUAGCCUCUUCCAGGACACCAUGGCGGUGGGGAGUGAACUGCAGGGCCUGAAGGUAAAGCAACUCUACGUGGGAGGCCUGCCCUCCAGCAGUAAGGAGGAAGUUCCUCAGGGUCUGGUCGGCUGUAUCCAGGGGGUGUGGCUUGGCUCCACACCCUCGGGGUCCCCGGCCCUGCUACCCCCCAGCCACCGAGUGAAUGUGGAACCUGGCUGUGUUGUGACCAACGCCUGUGCCUCUGGGCCCUGCCCACCCCACGCCGACUGCCGAGACCUUUGGCAGACCUUUUCUUGCACCUGCCGGCCAGGUUACUACGGCCCAGGCUGUGUGGAUGCCUGCCUCUUGAACCCCUGUCAGAACCAGGGGUCAUGCCGGCACCUUCCAGGAGCCCCCCAUGGCUAUACCUGUGACUGUGCAAGUGGCUAUUUUGGACACCACUGUGAGCACAGGAUGGACCAGCAGUGCCCACGGGGCUGGUGGGGGAGCCCAACCUGUGGCCCUUGCAACUGUGAUGUUCACAAGGGCUUUGACCCCAACUGCAACAAGACAAAUGGGCAGUGUCACUGCAAGGAGUUCCACUACCGACCACGGGGCAGUGACUCAUGCCUCCCAUGUGACUGCUACCCUGUGGGCUCCACCUCUCGCUCAUGUGCACCCCACAGUGGGCAGUGCCCCUGUCGCCCAGGAGCACUUGGCCGCCAGUGCAACAGCUGUGACAGUCCCUUCGCAGAGGUGACAGCCAGUGGCUGCCGGGUGCUCUAUGAUGCCUGCCCCAAGUCCCUGAGAUCUGGUGUGUGGUGGCCCCAGACCAAGUUUGGCGUCUUGGCCACAGUGCCCUGUCCCCGGGGGGCCCUGGGUGCUGCCGUGCGGCUAUGUGACGAGGACCAGGGUUGGCUGGAGCCCGACCUCUUCAACUGUACCUCCCCUGCUUUUCGAGAGCUUAGUCUGCUGCUGGAUGGCCUAGAGCUGAACAAGACAGCACUGGACACCGUGGAGGCCAAGAAGCUGGCACAGCAGCUGCGGGAGGUGACUGGCCACACUGACCACUACUUCAGCCAAGAUGUCCGUGUCACUGCUCGUCUGCUGGCCCAUCUGCUGGCCUUUGAGAGCCAUCAACAGGGCUUCGGGCUGACAGCCACACAGGAUGCCCACUUCAAUGAGAAUCUGCUGUGGGCCGGCUCUGCACUGCUUGCACCAGAGACUGGGGACCUGUGGGCGGCGCUGGGGCAGCGGGCCCCUGGGGGCUCCCCAGGAAGCGCAGGGCUGAUGCGGCAUCUAGAGGAGUAUGCGGCCACGCUUGCAAGGAAUAUGGAACUCACAUACCUGAAUCCUGUGGGGCUGGUGACACCCAAUAUCAUGCUCAGCAUUGACCGCAUGGAGCACCCCAGUUCAACCCGGGGGGCCCGUCGGUACCCCCGUUACCACAGCAACCUCUUUCGAGGCCAGGAUGCCUGGGAUCCUCAUACCCAUGUGCUACUGCCUUCCCAGUCCCCUCGGCCAUCCCCAUCUGAAGUUCUGCCCACAACCAGCAGCAUGGAAAACUCCACCGCCUCAAGUGUGCUCCCCCCACCAACACCCCCAGAGCCAGAGCCUGGGAUCUCCAUUGUCAUUCUCCUCGUCUACCGCACUUUGGGGGGGCUGCUCCCUGCCCAGUUCCAGGCUGAGCGCAGAGGUGCCAGGCUGCCCCAGAACCCCGUUAUGAACUCUCCGGUGGUCAGCGUGGCUGUAUUCCAUGGACACAACUUCCUACGGGGUGUCCUGGAGUCCCCAAUCAGCCUUGAGUUCCGACUGCUACAGACGGCGAAUCGGAGCAAGGCGAUCUGCGUGCAGUGGGACCCACCUGGCCUGGCGGACCGGCAUGGUAUGUGGACAGCACGGGACUGCGAGCUGGUGCACAGGAACGGGUCCCACGCACGGUGUCGCUGCAGCCGGACGGGCACCUUUGGGGUCCUCAUGGAUGCCUCCCCCCGUGAGCGGCUGGAGGGUGACCUGGAGCUGCUGGCUGUGUUCACCCACGUGGUCGUGGCCGUGUCCGUGGCUGCACUGGUGCUGACCGCCACCAUUCUGCUGAGUCUACGCAGCCUCAAGUCCAAUGUGCGUGGGAUCCAUGCCAACGUGGCAGCCGCCCUGGGGGUAGCAGAGCUCCUCUUCCUGCUGGGGAUUCACAGGACUCACAACCAGCUGGUGUGCACUGCGGUCGCCAUCCUCCUGCACUACUUCUUCCUCAGCACCUUUGCGUGGCUCCUCGUGCAGGGGCUGCACCUCUACCGCAUGCAGGUUGAGCCACGCAACGUGGACCGCGGUGCCAUGCGCUUCUACCAUGCCCUGGGCUGGGGCGUCCCUGCUGUGCUGCUGGGCCUUGCUGUUGGCCUGGACCCUGAGGGCUACGGGAACCCUGACUUCUGCUGGAUCUCAGUCCAUGAACCCCUCAUCUGGAGCUUUGCUGGCCCUGUCGUCCUGGUCAUAGUGAUGAACGGGACCAUGUUUCUCCUCGCCGCCCGCACAUCCUGCUCCACAGGGCAGAGGGAGGCCAAGAAGACCUCUGCACUGACCCUUCGCAGCUCCUUUCUGCUCCUUCUGCUGAUCAGUGCCUCCUGGCUCUUUGGCCUCCUGGCAGUCAACCACAGCAUCCUGGCCUUCCACUACCUCCACGCCGGCCUCUGUGGCCUCCAGGGCCUGGCAGUGCUGCUGCUUUUCUGUGUCCUGAAUGCAGAUGCCCGGGCUGCCUGGACACCAGCCUGCCUAAGCAGGAAGGCAGCACCCGAGGAGGCUAGGCCCACGCCUGGGACGGGACCAGGGGCCUACAACAACACAGCCCUCUUUGAGGAGAGUGGCCUCAUCCGCAUCACUCUCGGCGCCUCCACUGUCUCCUCAGUGAGCAGUGCCCGCUCCGGCCGGACCCAGGACCAGGACAGCCAGCGGGGCCGCAGCUACCUCAGGGACAAUGUUCUGGUUCGACAUGGCUCAGCUGCUGACCACAUUGACCACAGCCUCCAGGCUCACGCUGGCCCCACUGACCUGGAUGUUGCCAUGUUUCAUCGAGAUGCUGGUGCAGACUCCGACUCUGACAGUGACUUGUCCUUGGAGGAGGAGAGGAGUCUGUCCAUCCCAUCUUCAGAAAGCGAGGACAAUGGCCGGACACGGGGGCGUUUCCAGCGUCCACUCCGCCGGGCAGCCCAAAGUGAGAGGCUCCUUACCCACCCCAAAGAUGUGGAUGGCAAUGACCUCUUGUCCUACUGGCCAGCCCUGGGGGAGUGCGAGGCAGCCCCCUGUGCUCUGCAGACUUGGGGCUCUGAAAGGCGCCUGGGGCUGGACACCAGCAAGGACGCAGCCAACAACAAUCAGCCAGACUUGGCCCUGACCAGUGGGGAUGAAACCUCACUGGGCCGGGCCCAGCGCCAGAGGAAAGGUAUCCUGAAGAACCGGCUGCAAUACCCACUGGUGCCACAGACCCGAGGUGCCCCUGAGCUGUCCUGGUGCCGUGCAGCCACCUUGGGCCACCGUGCUGUGCCAGCUGCCUCUUAUGGUCGCAUCUAUGCAGGUGGGGGCACAGGCAGCCUUUCACAGCCAGCCAGUCGCUACUCUUCCCGAGAACAGCUGGACCUGCUCCUCCGGCGGCAACUGAGCCGAGAGCGACUAGAGGAGGCCCCUGCCCCUAUUCUGCGUCCCCUGAGCCGGCCAGGUUCCCAAGAACGUGUGGAUGCUGUGCCAGGCCGCCUGGAGCCCAGAAAUCGGGGCAGCACCCUGCCACGGAGGCAGCCACCCCAGGACUACCCUGGCGCCGUGGCUGGCCGCUUCGGGUCACGGGAUGCGCUGGACUUAGGGGCACCUCGAGAGUGGUUGAGCACGCUGCCCCCUCCCCGCCGCACCCGGGACCUUGACCCACAGCCCCCCCCUCUGCCCCUGUCUCCUCAGCGGCAACUCUCAAGAGACCCUCUCUUGCCAUCCCGGCCCCUGGACUCCCUGUCUAGGAGCUCGAACUCUCGGGAGCGGCUGGACCAGGCGCCUAGCCGGCACCCCUCACGAGAAGCUCUCGGGCCACCCCCACAGCUGCUCAGAGCUAGGGAGGACCCAGCCAGGGGCCCCAGCCAUGGCCCCUCCACGGAGCAGCUGGACAUUCUCUCCUCUAUCCUCGCGUCCUUCAACUCCUCGGCCCUCUCCUCUGUGCAGUCCUCAAGCACACCCUCGGGCCCCCACACCACUGCCACGCCUUCUGCCACAGCCUCUGCGCUUGGGCCCUCCACACCACGCUCUGCCACCUCUCACAGCAUCUCAGAGCUGUCACCGGACUCAGAAGUUCCCAGAAGUGAGGGGCACUCCUGAGGGGCCAGCGGUGCAGACGAGGAACAGCUGAGGGCGAUGGAGGAUUUGGGCUGACAGAAGAGACUCCAAGAGUUGGGGGCUGAUCCCAAGGCAGCCUCUGCCCCCUACCCUACACAGCUCUGCCCCCUGAGGUUAUGAGGUUCCAUGCGCAUCUGUGAGCAUGCGUGUGACAGAUGCAGGGAUGGGGAAACUGAAGGGAGGACUUUUAUAUGUUUUGUACCUUUGUAACCAGAGAGAUAUGCUUAUGUUAUUUUUCAGCUUUUCUGUCUCCCAGAGGUCCGAGGCUGGGCUGGGAGGGGGAGGGGGACAGAGGAAGAGAGGCAGAGUUUGGCCCCAUGUGGGUCCCUAGCAAACCAUAUGCUCUUACUGGGGUGGAGUCAGACAGGUGGGACAGAGCCUUUCCUACCCUCCCCCUACCUGCAAGGUGGAUCUGAAUAUUGCCAGGGGCCCAAGUACAAAAUUGUUCCUUGUUUUUCCUUGAACACCCCAAAGGCCAAACUUCUAGGGCUGGGGUUUGGUCUUGGAAACGGGUCCUCUGGCUUCCUCAUGGGGGCUUGCUCAUGCCUCCCCUCCCUGUGGAUAUGUGUGUUUAUUAUGUGGAGUCCUUGCCACUUACUGCCUUAUGACCUAGGACUGAUGCUGUAGGGUGCUGGUGGAGCAGCAGAUGUCGUGUUUACAGAGCAAGGCUUCCCUGGCUCCCAUGGGGGCUCAGGCCUCUAGUCCGACAUUCCUGCAGAGGGUGGGGGAGGGGUUGUUCACCUGCCCCUGCCCCUGCUGUGAGCAAAAGUUGUCUGUGGUGCCAUUUGACUCCCUGACUCUGCCCCCUGCUAAAAUUUGCUCUGAAGGGUAGGUUGGGAGGGUGAGCAAGGGGAUCAGAAACAAGGGAAUUCAAGACCCAGAAUGUAGGUGCCACUGCCUCUGAGUUUACAGGACCCUCCCUGGCCCUUGGCACCGGGCUGCAGGAAGCGACUCAGUUCCACUCCUCCUUUAUUCCCUUAAAAAGGGAAACAUGACUGUUAGGACCCUGUUCACAAAGCUCUCACUUUUGUUACUUUGUCUGAUGUCCAGAACUGGGACUUUAAAUUUUUGUUGCUUUGUUUACAGGUACAGAUUUAAAAAAAUUUUUUUUACCUUUGUUUACAACUUAAAACUUUGAACUUUUACACUUUGUUUACAGUUGUGAAUGUUUUUUCCCCCCUUUGUUUACAAGUAAAAGGUAGGGAAAGUGGGAGAGGGGCUUGGAGGACCCACCUGUGAGGACCCUGGACCUGGCCAUCUUGAGCUCUCCCAGGCCAAAGGUCAGCCCUAAGUCCCCUGUUUAACAGCAGAUCCAGGGGGCCUCAAGAGUAGGCACCCUUUUACCACAGGGGACUGUGGUUGUAUAGGGCUGGGGGUGGUCUUAUAGACACCCCCCCCACCCCAUGCAUACUCCUAGGAGGCAGUUUCCUAGGAGAUUAAAAAUUGUACUUCACUGACUGGUGCCAAAUCCCACCAGCCAGGACCCAAGCUCUCCUUACCCAGAAUGAUCCCAGCCCUUGAAGGGCUGAGUGGCCUGCUAAGGGUGGGAGGGUGUCCUUGCUAUGGCCUAGGUUUUGUAGAUGCCCCUCCCUGGGGGUGCCCCCCUCCAGCCCAGCGGUCCCCUUUCCUGUCUGUGUAAAUUGUUCCGUGAAGCCGCGCUCUGUUUUGGGAAUAAACUUCUAUAGAAAACA